GGCGACCAUAGAUGAGGUAGAAACAGACGUGGUGGAGAUAGAAGUCAAGCUUGAUAAGGAAUGCUUGGAUAAAUUUGGAGACAGUUUGCAGGAAAUGGUCAACUAUCACAUGAUCCUUUUCGAUCAAGCUCAGAGGUCUGUCCGACAACAGCUGAAUAACUUUGUGAAAGAGGAUGUCCGCAAGUUCAAGGAGACCAAAAAACAGUUCGACAAAGUCCGAGAAGACAUGGAGAUUGCGUUGGUCAAGAACGCACAAGCCCCACGGCACAAGCCCCACGAAGUAGAAGAGGCCACUGGCACGCUGACGAUCACCAGGAAAUGUUUCCGGCACUUGGCCCUGGAUUACGUCUUGCAG